AUGUGUAACAACACCAUUACUUACAACUCUCGACAUACAAGAAAGAAAAAGGGAAGCCAAAAUUAUAACAUGCCGCCGCCGCCGUCUUCACCGCCGGAGCUGCCACUAAAACCCAUCCCGGGCAGCUACGGCUUGCCGUUCCUGGGCCCCAUGAGAGACCGCCUAGCUUACUUCUACUACCAAGGCACCGACGAAUACUUCGCCUCCCGCAUCCGCAGCCACAACUACGCCACCGUCAUCCGUACCAACAUGCCGCCGGGGCCUUUCGUCGCCGCCGACUCCCGAGUCGUGGCGCUCCUCGACGCCGCCUCGUUUCCCGUGCUGUUCGACAACUCCAAGGUGGAGAAAAUGAACGUCCUCGACGGAACCUACGUGCCUUCCGUCGACUUCACCGGCGGCCUCCGGAUGCUGGCUUUCCUCGACACCAGGGACCCCAAGCACGCGCUUCUCAAAUCAUUGGUGAUGUCGUUCCUUGCUUCCAAGCGCGACGGUUUCAUUCCUCUCUUCCGAGCUUCUCUCUCCCGGAUGUUCGGGGCCAUCGACGGUCGGUUCGCCGCCACAGCGACGGCGCGUGUCAACUUCAACGGCCUCAGUGAGGAGAUGGUGUUUGGUUUCUUGUUUCGCCUCUUCUGCGACGAUAAGGAUCCAUCGGAGACGGAGAUCGGAACCCGUGGGCCGGCCCACGUCGACAAGUGGAACGCCCUCCAGGUCAUCCCAAUCACAGCCCCACGCCUUCUCCCAAAGUCCCUCAGCUUCAUCGAAGACUUUUUCCUCCACACAUUUCCAUUCCCCUUCUCCCUCGUCAAAUCCGACUACUCCAAGCUCUACGCGGCGUUUAACAAACACGCCGAAACGUUUCUCGACCGAGCCGAGUCCAGCUUCGGGAUCCCAAGAGCCGAAGCCUGCCACAACCUCGUAUUCAUAGCCGGCUUCAACGCCUACGGCGGCUUCAAGCCGUUCUUCCCAUCCCUGAUCAAGUGGGUCGCCAACGCAGGACACAAACUGCACCGCCAGCUGGCUGGCGAGAUCAGAGCCGUCGUCCUCGGCCACGGCGGGGAGGUCACUCUCGGAGCGUUGGAUGCGAUGACUUUGACCAAGUCGGUGGUCUACGAAGCGCUGAGGAUCGAGCCUCCGAUCCCGUUCCAGUACGGGAGGGCCAGGGAGGAUAUGGUGGUCCGCAGCCACGACGCCGCCUACGAGGUCAAGAAAGGGGAGAUGUUGUUUGGAUAUCAGCCGUUCGCCACGAGAGAUCCGACGGUGUUCGAUCGUCCCGAGGAGUUUGUCGGGGAUCGGUUCGUCGGGGGACGAGGGGAGAAGAAGAUGUUGAGGGAUGUGUACUGGUCUAACGGUCGGGAGACGGAUGAUCCGACGGCUGAGAACAAGCAGUGCCCGGCGAAGGAUCUCGUGGUGCUGAUGUCCAGGGUACUGUUGGUGGAGCUGUUCCUGAGGUAUGAUGGUUUGACGGUCGAGAUUGAGCCGCUGCCGCUUGGGUCGUCCGUCACGAUUACUUCGCUGAACAAAGCUACGUCCGUCUGA